CCGCCCUGCGCCGCGACUGCGCAGUCCGCACCGCCUUUUGGGCGCUGAGGCCGCCUUCCCUGCGGCAGGUACAGGUUUCUUCCAGCUCCACCAUGUGGAGCCAACGGCAGGGCAGCCUCAGGCCGUUGCGCUGUGGGGUGGAGGAGCUCCGGCGCCGCCGGCGGGAGCAAGAGCACUACGGAAGGCGCGGAGGGAGCAGCAGCUGGUCAGCAAGAGGCUGCUGAGAGACGAAACCUCGGAGGAAGCCGAAGAGGCCUGUGUGGCCGUCAUCCUCGGGGAAGCCGAGAUCCAGCAGUUCCUGCGGUUAGCUCAGCGGGGGCCAGAGGAAAAGGAGAGAGAGCAGGCUCUGGUCAGCCUUCGUCGAGGCUUGCAGCAUCCUGAGACACAACAGACCUUCAUCAGGCUGGAGGGCAGCAUUCGGACCCUGGUGGGGCUCCUGACCAGCAACCAGGCCCUGCUGCAGCUCGGGGCGGCUCGGUGCCUUCAUGAGCUCUCUCACUCUGAGCAGUCUGCGGUGGCCGAGGCCUGCCUGCCAGCCACUUCCUACCUUCUCACCUACCUCUCCGGUCACAGCGCAGACUUUAUAGAGCUUUGUCUGUAUACACUGGGUAACCUGAUCGUGGAGAGUGAGGCUGUAAGAAGGCAGCUCCUGCCACAGGGCAUUGUUCCAGCCUUGGCUGCCUGCAUCCAGUCUCCCCACCUGACUGUGCUAGAAGCCCUCGGAUACGCCUUGUCCCAGCUUCUGCAGGCUAAGGAAGCUCCAGAGAAGAUCAUCCCCUCUGUCCUGGGCUCCACUCUCCCCCAGCACAUGCUGCAACUGUUGCAACCUGGCCCAAAGCUAAGCCUUGGGGUCGCUGUGGAGUUUGCCUGGUGCCUUCACUACAUCAUCUGCAGCCAGGUCAACAAUGCCCUGCUCAUCACCCAUGGGGCUCUGUCCACUCUGGGGCUGCUGCUGUUGGACCUGGCUGGAGCCAUCCAGAGAACUGAGGAUGCAGGACUAGAGCUGCUGGCAUGCCCUGUGCUUCGGUGUCUAAGCAACUUGCUAACAGAGGCUGCAGUGGAGGCUGUGGGAGUGCACCCGCAGCUGCGAGAUGAGCGUGUCGUGGCAGCCUUAUUUAUCCUCCUGGACUUUUUCCUCCAGAAACAGCCCAGCCUGCUUCCUGAGGGCCUCUGGCUCCUUAACAACCUCACGGCCAACAGCCCUAGUUUCUGCACCUCCUUGCUCUCCCUGGAUCUGACCGAGCCCCUCUUGCAGUUGUUGUCAGUGUCUAACGUGGUGAGCGGAUUGGUGCUCACGGUUCUGUGCAACGUUGCAGAGAAAGGUCCUGCUUACUGUCAGCGUCUCUGGCCAGGGCCCCUGCUCCCCUCCUUGCUGGACACGUUGGCCUUCUCUGACACUGUAGUAGUAGGCCAGAGCUUGGAGCUGCUGCAGCUGCUGUUCCUCUACCAGCCGGGGGCCGCCCAGGCCUUCUUGCAGCGGUCAGGGCUGCAGGCCCUCCAGAGGCAUGAAGAGGUGGCCCAGCUCCAGGAUCGUGUGCGUGCUCUCCAGCAGACAGCUCUUCGUGGGUGACCUGGCCUCUCAUAGUCACGUUCUCCACUCCUCUCCCACCCCCCAUCUUCCCAGCCUGCACAGAACCCUUUUUGGGGGUCUGGAACCACAAUGACAUGUCAUGCCUUCUGCUCCCCGACGUAAGCCUAAGCCAAGACCUCUGAAUCCCAGCUCCUCCUCUUUCACCCAGGACUGUGCAGGCAGGAGGACCAGAAGGAACUCAUUGUGGCCUACUUAAUCUGAGUGUCUGGGAUUGCUUUUUUUCUUUUUUUUCUUUUGCUUUAGCAGCUGUGGCUUUUUUGAUGGGACAGAAUAAAGUUUUAUUUUUACAUUUAA